AUGGAAUCUUUCUUACCAUAUGUUCUUCCUCUAUUCCUUCUUCCUCUCUCCCUCUACCUCGUCUCGUUUCUUCGUAAAACGGGCCCCACCGAAUCGAAAAACCUUCCUCCAGGCUCAAACGGUUGGCCGAUGCUCGGAGAAAACAUGGAAUUCGCCUUGUCCGGCCCUCAACAAUUCGUCAAAGAAAGAAUGCAAAAAUACUCGCCGGAGGUUUUCCGAACCUCGUUAUUAGGCGAAAAGAUGGCCGUUUUUUGCGGCGCACAAGGCAACAAAUUCCUUUUCACGAACGAGAACAAACUCCUCACUUCAUGGUGGCCGCAGUCAAUGAAAAAGGCCCUACUAUUCCCCGAAUUCAUUGAGAGCAACCUCAAAGAAGUGUCGGCCUUAAAACGUAGCUUCCACCACGACAUUCUCAAGCCGGAGGCCCUCAAACAGUAUAUUCCGGCGAUGGAUUCCCUCGCCCGCCAGCAUCUUGAUAGCGACUGGCUUCCCAAUACGGUCGUCAAGGUUUUUCCGUUAUCGAAAAAGUACACUUUCGAGCUAGCAUGCAAGUUAUUUCUCAGUCUCGUCGAUCAAGAGGAUAUAAAGAAGUUGUCCGAUCCGUUCACACUCGUGACUAACGGCAUGUUCUCCGUGCCUAUAGAUUUUCCCGGUACGGCUUAUAACGGUGCUAUCAAAGGAGGAAAAAUGGUGCGCGAAGAACUUAUGAGGAUCAUUACAGAGAGGAGGAAAGAGAUUGUGAUGAACAAUGAAACGGAGGGUCGAGAUUUACUGUCGAAGAUGCUGCUCGUUAGAGACGAAGAUGGGAACUUUAUGAGUGAAAUGGAGAUUUCGAAUAAUAUUAUCGGCUUGUUAGUGGCUAGCUUCGAGACGACAAGCUCUGCCGUGACAGCUGUCAUGAAUUAUCUUGCAGGACUUCCUCAUAUUUACAGAGAGGUUUUCAAAGGUAAAGAUUCAAUUUUUAUUUUUAAUAAAUGUAUAUAUGUAGCUCUUUAUAUUUUGAAUAAAUAAACGGCACAUGCAGAACAAAUGGAGAUAGCGAAAUCGAA